CAAUAUCUGUAGAUUUCACAUCUAGAUUUCUGCUGAGGAUUUCACGUCUUGUAAAAGAAGAAGAAGAAGAAGAAGAAGAAGAAGAAGAAGAAGAAAGAAAAGCAUUUACAGAGUUCGAAUUUCUCAUCCUUUACAACUUGUAACGAAAGAAAAAGAAAAAGAAAAAAAAAAAGGCUUUCCCCUUUUUCUUCUAUGCAUGCACACCUUUUGAUUUCAGAGAGGUUAAGUACUCAUCCUUCUAUUAAUUUGAGGGUUGAGGCUUACUUAUCAAUCCACUUAGUUUCCUAGGUUAUCGUCAGCGACGAUAAUCCAACGUCCUGGCCCUAACCUAUCCUCAUAUAUGAUGGUCCAAGAUCAGCAGUUCCCAGGUCCCCACGGGCGUAACGCUCCUCGGUACGCUCCAGCCGGAGCUCGCCGCUCAAGACAUCCUUGCCUAAAAUGCUAUUGUUGGUGCUGUUGUGGCCUUUUUGUCCUCCUAUUGCUAUUCGCAGGCGUCGUUGCCGCGGCCUUUGCAAUAAUCAAUCCCAGCUAUCCCAAAUACGUCAUUUCUGACCUCACCUCCAAUGCCUUCAACUUGACAGAGGAUUUCGACCUCCACGCUCGCUUUGUGGUCACGGUCGUAGCCAACAACCCUAACAAAUAUAUCAGCAUUGUCUACGGGAAGGACAGCUCCGUAGACCUCUCUUUUAGAAACGAAACGUUUAGAAACGGAUCGUCAUCCUUUGUCAAGCUUUGUUCUGGGAUGAUGCCGGAGUUCAAGCAACCCACAACCAAUAUCACAUCGAUGAAAAUUGACCUCAAAGGUGACUUAACCAAGGGUGACUUUACCACCGGUAAAAAUAAUUCCGUCGCCGCUACUAACUUCAAUGACAAGGUGAAGAGCAACAGCAUCCCUUUGGUCGUUGCAGUCAAGACACGCGUAAACGUGAUCAUUUUAGGCAACGAAAUCAAUCACCUGCAGGUUGGGAUUGCAGCCAACUGCUCCAUGGACGUUAAUACUUUGUCUGCAGGCAAGGAAAUAAAGAUGUCAAACAUCACAUAUUACUCGGUUGCUUUAAAUUUUCAUCCCUAACUGCAUUGCAGGAUCACGUACUUUAGUUCUUAAUUACGUAUACAAACAUUUAAUUUUUUUCCAAAUGUAAACAAAAAUAUUGCGUCCCUAACAUUAUUAUAGUAGUUUGAUUUUCCGAAGAGCGUUAUGGAUUUAUCUGAUAAAAAUAACUUCCUGUACAGAUGAAUGUAUACAAAUAAUUUUUUUGGAAAUCUGUUUGUACUUUCAGAAUCACUAACCAACUAAGUAUAGUCG